GCUCUGCGUCCCGGCGAGUGCGGGGCGAGGGGCCCCGGGCCAGAGCGGGAACACGGGUUCCAAGCAGAGCGCAGCCGGCCGGGGAGUGGCCAUGUGUGUCGCGGCGGCGGCGGGGCUCGUCUGCAGCCAGUAAGCGAGCGCGGUGGACAGCUGCCCUGCCCCCCCUUGUGCUGCCACCUGGGGCGGCGCGGGCCGCUGUGCCCAGGGUCGCGCGUGGAGCCGGCGCGAUGCACGUGCGCUCGUUGCGCGCCGUGGUGCCACGCAGCUUCGUGGCGCUCUGGGCGCCUCUGUUCCUGUUGCGCUCCGCCCUGGCCGAGUUCAGCCUGGACAACGAAGUGCACUCCAGCUUCAUCCACCGGCGCCUCCGCAGCCAGGAGCGGCGGGAGAUGCAGCGGGAGAUCCUGUCCAUCUUGGGCUUGCCCCACCGCCCGCGUCCGCACCUCCAGGGCAAGCACAACUCGGCGCCCAUGUUCAUGCUGGACCUGUACAACGCCAUGGCGGUGGAGGAGAGCGGGCCCGACGGCCAGGGCUUUUCCUACCCCUACAAGGCCGUCUUCAGUACCCAAGGGCCUCCUCUGGCCAGCCUGCAGGACAGCCACUUCCUCACCGAUGCCGAUAUGGUCAUGAGCUUCGUCAACCUCGUGGAACAUGACAAAGAAUUCUUCCACCCACGCUACCACCAUCGGGAGUUCCGCUUUGAUCUUUCCAAGAUCCCAGAAGGGGAAGCCGUGACCGCAGCUGAAUUCCGGAUCUAUAAGGACUACAUCCGGGAACGCUUCGACAAUGAGACCUUCCGGAUCAGCGUCUACCAGGUGCUGCAGGAGCACUUGGGCAGGGAGUCGGAUCUCUUCCUGCUUGACAGCCGCACCCUCUGGGCCUCUGAGGAGGGCUGGCUGGUGUUUGACAUCACAGCCACCAGCAACCACUGGGUGGUCAACCCUCUGCACAACCUGGGCCUGCAACUCUCAGUGGAGACUCUGGACGGGCAGAGCAUCAACCCCAAGUUGGCGGGUCUGAUUGGGAGGCAUGGCCCCCAGAACAAGCAGCCCUUCAUGGUGGCCUUCUUUAAGGCCACAGAGGUCCAUCUCCGCAGCAUCCGGUCCACGGGGGGCAAGCAGCGCAGCCAGAACCGCUCCAAGACGCCCAAGAACCAGGAGGCACUGAGGAUGGCCAGUGUGGCAGAGAACAGCAGCAGUGACCAGAGGCAGGCCUGUAAGAAGCACGAGUUGUAUGUAAGCUUCCGAGACCUGGGCUGGCAGGACUGGAUCAUUGCACCUGAAGGUUAUGCCGCCUACUACUGCGAGGGUGAGUGUGCCUUCCCUCUGAACUCCUACAUGAAUGCUACCAACCACGCCAUCGUCCAGACACUGGUUCAUUUCAUCAACCCGGACACAGUGCCCAAGCCCUGCUGUGCACCGACCCAGCUCAACGCCAUCUCUGUCCUCUACUUCGACGACAGUUCCAAUGUCAUCCUGAAGAAGUACAGGAACAUGGUAGUCAGGGCCUGUGGUUGCCACUAGCCCCUCCUGGGAGCCCGACUGUUUGGGACCACAUUUUUCCAGAUCCGUGGUAUCUCACCAUCCAGUCUCUCGCUGCCUGUCAUGGUGAGGAGGCAGCAGACCAGCCACCUCGCCUGAGCCUCCCCUUACCCUCCCCGACUGGAAAGAUGCCAGACUUUAGAGACCUGAGCACCCAGUGGCUGGCUGGCAGGUUUUCAUCUCUUGCCAAGAUCCGACAAGCUGCCACAGGCAAUGUGUAGCCAGGAAAGAUAUCCCCCAAGAAAUAGUCCUGGCCACGGCUACUGGCCACAUGGUCCCUGUGAUGCCUUGAGUCUUUGCAAAGGUAAUUCCAAGCAUCCUUCAGCCAGGCCCACUGGCUGUACCAGGAGGAAGGGCAUAGCCAGGGAGGGCACUGUGUGUCUGUGCUAAAGGUAAACGGAGUGGAGGUCCCUGUAAUAAAUGUCACAAUAAAACCCAUGAAUGAAAAUGGUUAGGAUGUUACAGAUAUAUUUUCCUAAACAAUUUAUCCCUGUUUCUUGGUUUAUACUGAUUUCAUAAACAGAAGCUGGGGCCUACGGAGGCCAGGGAGGCCCCCUCCUUUCCAUUUGGUUUCCUUCUGAGGCCGCAAGGCCCUGUGUUUACCCAGACCUGCCCAAAUCCACCAUGUAGGGAGGGGACGAAGGAAUGUCUGCUGGGAAGAGGAGAGCCAGUGUUGGCCUCAAAGGAGGUGUGCGGGGGUGGAGAUGGAAAGAGACACAUGUGUGAAACACACGCAGACGUUGGGAUGGCGCUGCUAGCUCUCCCCACUCCCCUGCCAUGGUAGGAGAUCAAGAAAUUUCAAAGUGAACAAGCACAAUGAACCAGAUGGAGCUUGCCACCCAACGCCAACGUGAGGAAGCAGGAGGAGUCCUGGCUCCAUAGGUGCGGGUGUGUGGGACACUGACCUCUAAGCAGGGCCCCUCGGGUGCCUCUGGCAGUGCUCCUGAGCCAGGUCCUCACCCUCAUGGCCUCCGUUCCUCUCUCUCCAGCCCCUGUCAGAAUGCUUUGCAAAGAGAUUGGCUCCUAGAAGUGAGGGAGACAGCAUAAAGGGGGCCUUGUGGGUACAGGGUGUACAGGACUCAGAUCACAAACAGAAGAUUCUAGAGGGUAACCUCCUGACCACACUUCCUGACUUGAAGGUGACCCUUAAUGAAUGCCUACUUUGCCUGGAUCUGUGGUCCCAUAACUAUGCUGCGCCAGCUCCCAGCUACAAAUACAAGCUGUGGGGAGGACUGGGCUGUCUGCCAAUGUUUCCCACAUCCACACAGAGAAUGAGGUUAGCCAGACAAGCCCUGUGGUCCUACAGCGUCUGGUCAAGUGGGGGACCAGUUGUCCAUGUUUGUCCGGUCCGUUCCUGGAAACAGUGGGGCUCUGCUUUUGUUUGAACUUUUCUUCCUUGGUAGCUUGGGCUGCACCCUUCACUGUGCCCGGUCCUCGGGGGAAGAACGUUCUGGUUGUAAUCUGUUUUGUGUGCUGGUAGAUCCGGGGCUUUCUGUGUGACCCCCCCCCCCACCCCUUGCUGCACAGUCUCUUCCUCCUUACCAUUGCAGUCAGCCUCUUGAUAGCAUCUUUUGUACAUGUAAACGUGUAAAUAGUUGUGACAAGACAAAGAAAUUAUUUAUUUCCAUCUGAACUUCUUUUCAAACACUCCUUCCUUUCCUGUUGAGGACAAGCUCGCUUCCCCUCAACCUGUUUGUUUUCUUAUUUAAGACUAUUUAUUAACAGUUGGACUGAUGUGGCCACGGCUGUCGGAUAAAGUGCUCCUUAGUGAAAAGUCUGUAUAAAUAGACGAGUGAAAAGGGUUUUGACUUUGCAAUAAAAGGAGACAUUUGGUUCUGGUCGUUGGA